AUGGCCAGAGGCAAACAGACAAGGAGCAAGACCACUGCGAUGGCUCAAUCUGUGACAGCCCAAAGCCACUCUUCCCACAAUCCCGCGAUUGACAUGAUGGCUUCACCAUCUUACGCAGCCAUGAACCCGCAGCAAAACCUUGCUGCCGCACAACAACCGCCACCCUGUGUGGCUGGAACCACAGUUUCACCUAUUGGACCCGCAACUAGGACCACCGCACUAGUGCCUGCCACCGUCAUACCGCGUGCCACACCGCCUUGCGACGGGAUCUAG